CUGACUGUGACGAUGAUAUCACUGAUGAUGUGAUAAAUGAAGUAAACGAUCGCGAGAAGGGAGGAAGCAUUGAUGAAGACUACUUGAAUGAUUCAGCGAUUAAACUAACAGAAAUACCUAGAACGCCAGAAGAGAAAUUGAGUGAAAUGAUCGAGGGCCUAGACAAAUUAUUGAGCAACGAGUCUGCCCUUGUGACCAUGAAGGAUGUCUCAGAUGCUUUUGACCAGAUGGACGAUCUUCUAGCAACAAACGACACGUCUCUAGAAUUCCCCUGCACCGUGCUAACCGCCCUCGACUCCCUCGGCGCACGCGCAGAUCUCAACGGCUCGGCGGCCGUUGCGACGGCGCGCCAUAACGUGGCUGUGGUUAUGGCUGAUUCUGCGCCUGAGCGGCCUGUUCGAGGGCUCAGGAUAGCCGAUGGUUUCACUGAUGAAGCGUUUCAUGUUCUACUGGACGAACUGGAUCCGACUACUCUCACCGGCGACGAUACCGAAGCAGCAGUAAACCUGCCAGCAUCUCUGGCGGACUCCUUCCGUCGCGUCAGCUUCGUGGUAUUCCGCUCAGAUCGCGCGUUUAUACGCCAUGAUCGCGAGCAAUAUGUCGUCAAUAGUAAGAUUAUCAGUGUCAAUGUGGAAAAUUUCACGCAGAUGGCAGAUGGAGAGGUGAUAGACAUCCAUUUAAAACCAUCAAUAUACAAACCGGCCCGGAACAUGUCCCGCACCUGUGCCUACUGGCACUUCGCUGAGAACGACACUGGCUACUGGUCACAAGAGGGCUGCACCUUCAUCAAGUCCCCAACCGGCUUGCUGGAUACCUGUCGCUGUACACAUCUCACCCACUUCGCUGAAGUCCUCAUCCCGAAAGAAGUUUUUUCAGAAGAACAUGAAACUACUUUAGAAAUACUUUCCCUAAUAGGUUGCUUCUUGUCACUCUUCGGACUGCUAAUGAUUGUUCUUACUGCUAUUAUGUUUCGAUCGUGGAGAAGCGAUUUUAAUAACAAGAUCUGGAUACAAUUAACUGUAGCCCUGUUGAUAAACGUUAUCAGUUUUCUUAUUAUUGUCUUCUCUAAAUUUGAAGAUUACAACUCGUUUUGUAUGACAGUGGGAAUUAUUUUGCAUUAUGCUGUUUUAGCAUCGUUUUGUUGGAUGUUAGUAGCUGCUGUUAUUUCUUAUAGAAAAUUAGUUUUGAUAUUCGCGACAGACCCUAGACGAAGAUUGUUGAAAGCUUCAGCUUUCUCGUGGUUUUUCCCUUUAAUUAUAGUUCUUAUACUUCUUAUUGUAGCGCCACAGUCUUAUACAAAAAGAUUUGAAGACCAUACACCCACAGGAGCAUUUUGUUACCCAUCAGGCUUAGCUCUGUGGUUGACAGUUUUCGCUCCAAUCGCUAUAGUAGUGAUAUCAAAUUGGAUCCUUUUUACUUUGAUACUUCGCUCUGUAUUUGGAACAAAAAAGAUACAAAAACAUGGUGAUUCAAGUGAAAUGUUUCGACGCGCAUCUGUGAGUUGUUUACUAGUAUUUCUUUUCGGAUUACCUUGGAUUUUCGGUUUGUUUGCCUACAAUAUUGUUGCUGCGUAUCUUUUCACACUAACAACAAGUUAUCAAGGAUUUGUUUUGUUUAUAUUUUUCAUAAUAAUUAAUACUAAAACUCGAGGUAUGUGGCUCAAUAAGUUACGUAUAAAGAAGAAGACUAAGGCACAAGUUAGCUCUUCGUUGAUAACAAGUAGAAAUGCCCAUGUUAGUAAUGAACCUGAACAGGCUCCAUUUAUAGAACCCAACUCAUCACGGACUAACGUUACUUCUUUAGUGAGUGAUUCAAUUGAUGGUAAAGCAGUAGGGUAUAAUGUGGCAUCUGGUUCAGCAGUUAUUGAAAAUUCGCAUUAUAAUAGUAAGGAUAGCAUAGAUUCAUUCAUUACUGCAAAAUCGCACGAUAAUUUUAGUGAAGAUGAAAUAUUUAAGAGUGUUGAAGGCAUAUUUGAUAUGACAGAGAGAGAUGAUGAAGAAAAUAAUACAAAACAACAAUUAAUAACAAAAACUACUUCGAGAAACUCUCUGCAUUCUAACAAAUCGUUACUGAAAUAUGAAGAACUGCAAAGAAAUGAUGAAGAUACCAGUAAUAAAGAUGGUUUAAGCGAUAGCUCUAGUGAAAAAGUAGGAAAUGACGCGGAUUUUAUCAGUCCAGAGAUAACUGUAUACAAUGUAUCAACGCAAAACGCGUCACUGAUAAGCUGAUAAUUUAAUAAA